CCAGCGAGCUCGACACACACCGGACAGACGAAUUCGGAUGAACCACAGCCUUAACUGCAUAUCCCUCAUGUCAUAACGUCAAAAGAUGUUGACGUUUGAGACGCUUCUGGUGAAAGAGCUGCAGAAACAGCAGAGCAGGGCUGAGUUCUGUGACAUUGUGCUGCAGUCUCGAGGUGUAUCUGUGCCGGUUCACAGCUGUGUUUUGUCAGCCUUCAGCCCUUUUCUCUGUGGUGCUCUAUCAGCAAUGCCAUCACCCCGAAAUGGACAGAAGCGUCUAAUUGAAGUCCAAUCCAUGGAGUCCUGCACAUUACUCCGUCUGGUCAGUCUGUUAUACACCGGUCAGCUCCACGAAGACAAAGAGGACGUCCUAUCAGCAGCCUGCAAACUAGGCAUCAGCAUACCUCACAGAUCACCAAAGAGGACGUCGUCUGAGCAAAACACGCAGACCGAGUGCAUGAAUCCCUCCGUGGAGAAAGAGUGCCAGACUGAAACGCUCUCUUCUGAACACCCCAUUGAAACUGUGGGAGCGUCUUUAUGGAGGAGCGAUCAGGGGCUCUGCACGUACACCGACGGCUCUGACAUCACGCUGGAUGUAGCACUUCAUAACAUCCCGGGUAAUCCAGAGAGCAUGCCUUGCCUUCCAGUCAUGGAUGUGGUGCCUGAAAGCGCAAUGUAUCCCACAGUUGCAGCGCCGGCUCCAAAACGAAGAGGUCGUCCUCGCAAGUAUCCCUUGCCCCAAUCAAAUGCUUCCCGAAAUUCACUGCCCGAUCAGAAAACUGUGAAUCUUCCAGCUCCAUCCCUCCUGCACACCGCGGCUCUACCUGCAGCCAACCCGACCGGCCUCUCUCAGCCAAUAGAUUGGCUCAUAGAUGACGUCAUUGCACAGCUGCCAUUAAUGCCCAACAACCAGCACACAAUAGACACUGCAACUCCAGAUCCUAAUCUAAAAACUCAGCCCUCAGUAAAGCUCACCGAUCCAGCCAUAGUCCAACCGCAGUCUGAAGGUGAGCUGACCGACAUACUGGAUAGCUUUCUGAGAACGUUUGAGCAGCACAUUGGUGCAUGUGAUGCUGAUGGUCAGGAUGCAGUGAUGACCACUGAUGGCAACCUGACUUGUGGACAGUCUACGUCAAAUGCACAUGGCGCUUCAAUUAACACGACAACACACAAGUCAAUAUCCAAGAAUAGACUUCGACCUGCUCGUAGACCACAGAAACCAUCAACCUAUUGGCAGCUGACUGGCGUGAAAAUGGAGAAAUCACCAGGAGAUCGAGGAGAAGAGAUGCCUGCUGUAAUGACCAGAAGCCAGAGCAGGAAGAGAAAACAGGAGGUCAUUGAGGAGCUGUUGAGGAGAGACUCGGUGAAGAGGAAAAAACGGAAAGAGGAGCGUUCAGAAAAGACAACGGAGGCGGAAAGACCAACUCAAAUGGCAAACGGAGAGCCAAAGCACUUCCUGAGCAAAUUUGAGCCAAGCAAAUUGAGGAAAGUCAUGAACACGGCCAGCGCUAACAAUAUGAAGAUCUCAAAGACUUUACAAAAGACUUGUGUCAAAAAGAAACGCACUAAAAGAGACAAGACCAAAGCUCUUGCGGAAGGAAGCGCGUUAAAGAUGGCAUCCAGUACCACGAGUUCACAUCCAGUCGCACCAAAUCAAUCCAGACCGGCUCUUUCUGCUUUUGACUUGGUGAAACAGAUUUUGGAAAGUCAGCAGAGGCGAGAGAGAGAGCACAAGGAGCACAGGACGUGGAGGGUGAAAAAGCAGAAAGAGAGGAGAAGGAGGACAGAGUGA